AUGACUGCCACGGAGAUCCUGGAGUCUGACGCCAACAUGUCGGCUCAGUCGGCCGCUGCCAGCGUACGAGAUGAUGAGAAACGUGACUUGGAGAAAACCCAGCAUGUCGAGGGUACGGUCGGGGCCUCACAAGGCUUGACCACGCUGGACGGUGGUACCAUUACCAUGACUUGGAAGACAUGGAUCGUCAUCUUUAUCCUUUCAUCUACGUUUGGACUAUCGUUCUGGCCUGUUCCUACGACCGCCGCUCUUCAGGCAAAACUUGCAGCACAAUUUGGCGGAGAUCAGACCUUGGUCGGCUGGUACGCUGAUGCUCUUGUUUGUUCAGUGCCUGCAUACACAACGGCAAAUGCGAUUGGGUUUCUCCUGGCCGGAACGAACUCUGACUUGUUCGGACGCCGCCUCUUCCUGAUUGCCGGGAAUGCUAUCUGCUGUGUUGGGUUCAUUGUCUGCGCGACGGCUCGCAGCUCGAAUCAUUUUGUUGCCGGACUGGGAAUAACAGGGUUCGGUGGAGGCUUCUGCCAGAUGGCCAUGUGUUCGAUUCCCGAACUGAUGCCGAACAAGUAUCGCCAUAUUGGUAUCUGUAUCUCGGAUGGGUUUGUCUUUGUUAUUGUGGUGAUUGGCCCUGUGGUCGGUAGGUACGCAAUCGACGCUGGAGAACGCAAUUGGCAGUAUAUCUAUUGGGCCGGCUUCAUUGCCCAGUUCUUCUCCCUUGCUGGUAUCAGCCUCCUUUACCAUCCACCCAAGCAUCCUCGCGGUGUCCCAUGGAAAGAUGCUCUCAGAGGCCUAGACUACGUCGGAGCUCUCCUAGUAACCCCCGGAGUCUGCCUGACACUUGUGGGUAUUAUCAACACAACAUACAAGAAGUCCUCAGACGUGACUGUGGUGGCCCCGCUUUGUGCCGGGUUCGGCACGCUCAUUCUUUUCGGCAUAUGGGAGACAUGGUCCAAGGUCAAAUAUCCCCUUUGCCCACCACACAUCUUCAAAUACAAUAACGGAAGGGCGUUUUGCGUGCCCUGGAUUCUCGCCCUGAUAGUCACGAUGUUCUACUAUGGAAUUAACGUGAUUUAUCCCACGAUGGUCAAUGUUUUUUAUGUCACCCCGGAAACCUCUCGGUCAGAGGAGCUCCUCCUCACACUUCCUGGCAACCUAGGACUUGUGUUUGGCGCUAUGCUCCUCAUCUGCCUGGGCAAUCUAUUUGGCCACUGGAAGUGGACUCUGGUCACUUCAUGGUGCGGCAUGACGUUGUUCGGUGGCCUUCUAGCCCUUGUCACGCCUGAUAACAAAGGUCUGAUGAUUGCUCUUGCCUUCCUGAUGCAAACAUGUUUUGGUUGGGCUCAAUACGAGAGCAUUGCAUUCACACAGCUGGGUGUCCCCCAAGAGGAGCUGGGCAUUUCUGGAGGAUUGGCAGGCGUUGCGCGUUACGCGGGAGGCUCACUUGCCCAGGCGGUGUACACGACAGUGCUCACAAACACCCAGGCGCAGCGGGCAGCCACCUCAGUGCCGGCUGCGGCUGUGGCCGCCGGACUGGACCCCAAGUAUGGCGCGGAUGUGCUUGCUGCCUUCUCCGCCGGCGCUGAUGCAUUCAAGGCUAUUCCUGGCAUUACUCCCGACAUUAUCGUAGCAGCUUCGGGCGCUUUCAAGUGGUCGUAUGCUUACGGCCUCAAGAUGACCGCCCUCGUCUCGCUUGCGUUUGCCGGUGUGGGGCUGAUCUGUUGCAUUCUCUGCGAGAACAUAGACGCGAAGAUGAACAACAAGACCGAGAUUUUCUUGGAGAACGACAUUCACCACGAUAAGAACAAGUAUCAUUAA